UUGGAAUCACGAAAAACAUGGAAACUUAUAUGAGCCGUGGAAUCUGAGGCGAUAUCAUGAUGCUUUCAGGCACUCUUUUAUUCCGAACACGAUCUAAACAAGUUUCAAGUUUUUGACACAAGCCCACUCGCUGUUCUUAGUACCAUCAAUCUACGACAACAAAUAAUCAUGGGCAAAGGAUCCUGCUACUGCGGUAAAGUCUCAUUCACCUAUGAAGGGGAGCCAUUGAACAAGGCAAUUUGCCAUUGCACCGAUUGCCAGAAGAUCUCCGGCUCCGCCUACACAACAAACAUCAUUGUUCCUGUCGAGGGCUUCAACAUUAGUGGUACGCCGAAGAAGUAUUCUGCAAAAGCUGCUACUGGAAGAGAGGUCACCACUGUAUUCUGUGGUGACUGCGGAAGUCCUUUGUGGAGAGAGGGCGAGAUGUCAAAAGACACUCUUGUCGUGAGAGCUGGAUCACUGGAUGAUAAGGGUGCUCUGACGGCAGCCAAGCCAUUGGCAGAGGUCUAUACUAACGAUAGAGCUGGAUGGUUGGGUGAGCAGGAAGGAACAAAGCAGUUCCCUGAGAUGUUCUAGUUGUUUUUCUCUAUGUGACGGCCAAGCUCAUUGGAAAUAGGAAGUUGGAAAUUUCGAAUGAAUCGGCUGAGAUCAAAGCCGAUGAUGAAUGGAGAGCGAGGAUGUCAAACGUCCGGUAUCCGAUAUUGGCUAACAUGCCCAAGUCAGACAGGAAGUCCGGGUACCCAGAUGAUCGGUACGAACAAAGUAUGAGACGAAGAACCACUAACCAUAUAAACGUGUAUAUGCCAC